AACAAGAUGAAGUGUCGGAGAGACCUUUCACUGUUGAUGACAUUACUUCUAGUAGACAUGAUUUUUAUGCAAGAAGUGACACAGUCUAUACUGCAGGACAAUGGUGUCAAGUCUGUCAAUGUUGGAGACACGGUAACUCUGCAUUGCUUCUACCAAGGUGUUAUGGCAAUGCACUUUUCUUGGUACCGGCAAACCCUAGGAGAUAAACCCCAGCUGGUAUCUACAAUGUAUAAGUAUGAACCAAAAGCCAGACUGCACAAUGAGUUUGAGUACAAUCCUCGCUUCUCUGUGCAAUGUGGUGAAGGAACAAAUCACCUGACAAUCUCAGAUGUUCAACCUUCAGAUACAGCUAUGUAUUUCUGUGGAAGCGCACACUCCAACGUUGUAGUAUUUGUUGACGACGUCUUUCUCAAUGUAAAAGGGUCCGACAGUAUAACUAUUGUCCAGCAGCCAGUGUCUGAGUCAGUGCAGCCAGGAGACUCUGUAACUCUGAACUGCAGAAUACCCACUGAGACCUGUGCAGGAGAACACAGUGUCUAUUGGUUCAGACAUGGCUCAGGAGAAUCCCGUCCAGGAAUCCUUUACACCCAUGGAGGCAGGAGUGAUCAGUGUGAGAAGAGCCCUGAGGCUGGGUCUCCUACACAGAGCUGUGUCUACAACCUCCCCAAGAGGAACCUCAGCCUCUCUGAUGCUGGGACUUACUACUGUGCUUUGGCCUCAUGUGGGGAGAUACUGUUUGGAAAUGGGACCAUGCUGGAUGUUAUACCACUUAGUAGAGACCAGAUAACAAUCCUUGUCUUUCUCUCCAUCAUGAGAACUGCAGUUGUCCUCUGCACUUUGAUCAUCUUUUUUGUCAUCUAUGUUGCAAGAAAAUAACUGAACCCAAGUUCUUCUGUAAAUGUACUGUAAGCAACCUGUAACAAGCCCUUGGAUAUGAAGAGAAGUGCCCUUGCACUUGAAUAUUUAUGUAAAAUGAUUUAUUACUCCAAUUAAAUUCAGAUACUAUUUUAUUACAGAAUUAAACAAUAAUGUAUUAAGUAACUUGCU